AUGGGUUACUGGGACGAAAUGUUUCCCGAUGUUUUAGAGAGAUUUCGAGACACUCCUCCUACGAAGAUAAAAAAUGACGAGUUUCAGAUCAGAAAUGACACAUGCUGGCAUGACAUAUAUCUCAAGCUUGAAAAGGCUCGAUCCGAGUACCUGAAUCAAAGUGGCCAGCUCGGGCAAGCGUGUCGUUGGGGGGCCGACCACGCAAAGACUGCUAAUGCUAUUACCAGGAUGGCUCAGGACGCUGCGCUAAGCAACCCUUAUUCAACGCCAAUCCUUGGGGGCAUUCGACUCAUAUUAAGUGCCAUGCAGAUAUCGGCCGACGCUCGCACUCAAGUGCUCGAUGCCUUCAAAGAUCUUCCAGGGAUUUUCUCCGAAAUUGAGUCAUUGCUAUCAUCAUUCCCAGAGAGCGAUACUGUGAGGAAUGCCGCUAUUGAUUUCGCAUUGGCUCUUCUUUGUGCUGCUGAAAACACGAUUGCGUUUUUUUGUACUUCAAGAGGAAAGAGAAUGGUCAAAAGUGUGUUUGAAGGCCCCAAUUACAUCAAAGGGUGGAAAGAAUCGAUCAAGUCUAUUGAGGACAAAAUUGCCGUUCUUCGAGCACAAAGCAACGCCGCGAACUUUGCGGCCUCUCAGCAACAAGCCAAAGAAAGAGAGACACAGAUCAUCGCUGAAUUGACACGAGAGAGAGAAAAGAAUGUGUACCUUCAUGCUGAGAUUGCAAUACUAUGCUCCAGAUUGCCAAGAUCGAAUAGUCUCAUUCUGAUGCAGCGGAAAGAUGAGAUACAUAGGCCACGCCUCAAUAACAAGGAAGUACAAGAUCUACUCCAAGCUGAACACAAGGACGCCGAUCUGCGGUUCAUCACCAAGCGAAAGGCUCAUCUUACAACCGAAGAACUAUCGCGCGCUGAACAACUCAUCAAUGAUAGGAAGUAUCGCGCCUGGUUCAUGUCGCUCCAAUCAGAAAAACUCCUUAUUCUAUGGAAUCAACGCCAGCCAAGGACCUAUGCAGGCAUCUCCCCCAUAUCGGCACUCUGCGCGUCGCUGGACCCUAUACUCAAUUCUGACAGCCGAUUCAUCUGUAUCACAUGGUUCUGUGGCCUCCAUUCCAAACAUGGAAACGAUGAAGCUCGGGCUAUGCUUGCUGACUUGAUCGUUCAAUUAUGCCAACGACAUCACUUCGACUUCGGGAGAGAGUAUGACGACACCGACAAGAGUCUUGUAAGAAGUCGCGAUACAGGAGAGCUGUACCACCUUUUUUACCGGCUUAUGCGCUCACUGCCCAAGAAAAUCACUGUCAUAAUCCUAGUUGAUGAGGCAUACGUCUACGAGCGUGAUGGAUUCCAAGACGGCAUUAACAUAUUCAACGAAUUGAUCCAACUGGUAACUGAUGCGACGAUCCAAUGUGUCAUCAAAUUACUCUUUACGAGCACCAAAAGGGUUUCUUCUCUAAACGAGAGGUUUAAACAAAGUGGCCUGACUCUGGGUGUCGAGACAAUAAGGCGUCAAAGAGGGGACCCAUCUCAAGGACGCAUGGAGAGUCAGAUGAGACAGUAUUUUGAUCAAAUGGGGGCUCAAGAGACUUCUCGGGAAAGUAAACAAGAAUGUUGCGAGAAGGAUGACCUUUAA